AUGGCUGCCAGACAUGGACUUCUAGCAAGCUCCUACCCAACCCCCUUCACCUCGAGAUGGAGGACAGACAGAGACAGAUGGAGUUGCCUCAGAAGCUUGAGCUCACUGCUCUCCUCUCCCUGCUCAGGGGUCAGAAUCACCAAGGUGGACUGGCAGCAUUCAGAAAAUGGUGCGGCCCACCACACCCAAGAUUACCCUUGCCCUGAGCUGGUGGUUCGAAGGGGCCAGUUAUUCAAUCUCACCCUGGAGCUGAGUGGAGUCCUGGACAGCGAGGAGGCCCUCAUCUUCACUGUGGAGACAGGGCCCCACGCAUCUGAGGCUCUCCACACCAAAGCCAUAUUCCAGACAGCAGAGCUAGAAAUAGGUGACAUCUGGACAGCUGCAAAGGGGGAACAGACAGAGAACACCAUCACCGUCAGCCUUGGGAGCCCUUCCAAUGCAGUCAUUGGCCGAUACCUGCUGAGUGCCAGGGCCUCUUCCCGCCGGAAACACAGUGACCGCAGGCUGGGCCACUUUAUUCUCCUGUUCAAUCCCUGGUGCCCAGAGGACGAUGUGUUUCUGGACUCAGAGGAAGAGAGGCAAGAGUACGUGCUUAACGACAGUGGCAUCAUCUUCCGAGGCGUGGAGAAGCACAUCCGAGCCCAGGGCUGGAACUACGGGCAGUUUGAAGAGGACAUCCUGAACAUCUGCCUCUCCAUCCUGGACCGAAGUCCUAGUCACCAGGAUGACCCAGCCACGGAUGUGUCCCACCGCCAUGACCCAGUCUAUGUUACCAGAAUCAUCAGUGCUAUGGUGAACAGCAAUAAUGACCGGGGUGUGGUACAAGGCCAAUGGCAGGGCAAAUAUGGCGGUGGCACCAGCCCACUGAACUGGCGUGGCAGUGUGGCCAUCCUGCAGAAGUGGUUCAAGGGCAGAUACAAACCAGUCAAGUACGGCCAGUGCUGGGUCUUUGCUGGAGUCAUGUGCACAGUCCUCAGGUGCCUGGGGAUCGCAACCAGGGUGGUGUCCAACUUCAACUCAGCCCAUGACACUGACGGCAACCUGAGUGUGGACAAAUAUGUGGACUCUUUUGGACGGACCCUGGAGGACCUGACAGAAGACAGCAUGUGGAAUUUCCAUGUCUGGAAUGAAAGCUGGUUUGCACGACAGGACCUGGGCCCCUCCUAUGAUGGCUGGCAGGUUUUGGACGCCACACCCCAAGAAGAGAGUGAAGGCAUGUUCCAGUGCGGCCCUGCCUCAGUCACCGCCAUCCGUGAGGGUGAUGUGCACCUAGCCCACGAUGGCCCCUUCGUCUUUGCCGAGGUCAACGCAGACUACAUCACCUGGCUGUGGCAUGAGGACAAGAGGCGGGAGCGCGUGUACUCAGACACGAAGAAGAUCGGCAGGUGCAUCAGUACCAAGGCAGUAGGCAGUGACUCUCGGGUGGACAUCACAGGCCUCUACAAGUAUCCAGAAGGGUCCCGGAAGGAGAGGCAAGUGUACAGCAAAGCUGUGAAGAAACUGCUCAGCAUCGAAGCCUGGGGGAGGAGGAGGCGGAUCCGCAGGGCCGGUGUGCGCGGUGUCUGGCGCGAUGACCUCCUGGAACCGGCCACCAAACCCAGCAUCACUGGCAAGUUCAAAGUGUUGGAGCCGCCAGUGCUCGGCCAGGACCUGAAGCUAGCUCUGUGCUUGACCAGCCUCACCUCCAGGGCCCAGCGGGUCCGAGUCAAUCUAAGUGGUGCUACCAUCCUCUAUACCCGCAAGCCCGUGGCAGAGAUCCUGCGUGAAUCCCACACAGUGAAGCUGGGACCACAAGAAGAGAAGAAGAUCCCAGUCACAAUAUCUUACUCUCAGUACAAAGAAGAUCUGACGGAGGACAAGAAGAUCCUUUUGGCUGCCAUGUGCCUUGUCAGUAAAGGAGAGAAGCUCCUGGUGGAGAAGGACAUUACUCUGGAGGACUUCAUCACCAUCAAGGUGCUGGGCCCAGCAGUGGUAGGAGUGGCAGUUGCUGUGGAAGUGUUGGUGAUCAACCCCCUCUCAGAGAACGCGAAGGACUGUAAGCUGAUGGUAGAAGGCAGUGGCCUUCUCCAAGGACAGCUCAGUAUUGAGGUGCCCACCUUGCAGCCUCAGGAGAGGGCCUUGAUCCAAUUCAACAUCACCCCUUCCAAGAGUGGCCCAAGGCAGCUGCAGGUGGACCUCGUCAGCUCACAGUUCCCGGACAUCAAGGGCUUUGUGAUCAUCCACGUGGCCACAGCCAAGUGAGGGGCCUCGAGUGACUUGGGGAGAAUUCUGUCCAUCUGCUUGUUUCUCCCACAUAAGAGCCAGGAGUCCGGGUUAGCCCUGCUUCUGUC